AAAUUGUUAUAUGAUAUCGCUAGUUUAUGGAUAUUGAACAUUUGGUGUCUUUAAUUAUUUUAUUGUCACUUAACUUCGAAAAUACCCCGCAAGUAGACGGAUAUGCAACACUAUUUUUAAAGUUCCUUAACAUUACAGUGAGUUCGUCAAGUGGACAUUGCAACUCUUUCUCAAGACCAGAUUACUGUGAUUUGUACUUUAAACUUUGCAUAGGCGAUCAAAAAUUGGGUGGGUGCAACAUUUUAGAUAUGAGAACACCGAAAACUUCUUUAUUGAACCAGAAUUCUAUCUCUUUUGGUGAUUUAAUAGACUAUAUACCAAACCCGCUGUCCAGAAUAGUAGAUAAACUUCCGUCUAAAUUGUACGUGAAGAUCGAAGUUUGGGAUGCAGAUUAUUCUUUUUCUGAUUUAGAUGACCAUUUGACAACAUUUGAAGAUAACUCAUUUACGUAUACUGUGUAUCCAUUUGAAACUGGUGGUUCAUCACUCUUUUCUUCUCACCGUCAUCAUAAAAUAUCUCGAAAUGUAACACAAGGAUAUAUAAAUAUGUAUGUAGCAGUUUGGGCUGUUUGUAAUCGUGGCAGCUAUGGAGGUGAUUGUAGCGUCAACUGCGUCCCACAAAGGAUAGUAAGGCACUAUGGUUGUGAUAUCUCAACAGGUGCAAAGGUUUGUAUUCCAGGGUGGUUUGGUGAUGAAUGUAACAAAAUUGAUCACUGUGGUAUAUUAACACCGUGUGGUCCUAUGGGAACGUGUACUAAUACUCAUGUUGGAUACACUUGCGCCUGUAGACAUAAUUUUACAGGACCACAUUGUUCAGAACCCCCAAAUCAAUGCAGUCCAUCACAAGAUUUUUGUCAAAAUGGAUUUUGUUUACUAAAGUAUUUUGAUGAAGAAAACAGGAGUCUAUCCAAUCCAAUUCCAUACUGUGUUUGCAUACCUGGGUUUACAGGAAAAUGGUGUGAAUUGGAUAUAGAUGAGUGUUCAUUGAAACCGAAUAAUAAUGGUAGCAACAAAAGUAUUAAUAUCAACCACCAUAUAACAUCAUCUUGUAGUGUAAAUUCAAUGUGUGAAAAUCUCUAUGGAAAUUUUCGUUGUUUUUGUCAAAAUCAGUGGACUGGUCUACGUUGUAAUACACCGCCAACUUUAUGGCCUGAUCAUUAUAAACCCAUGGUUAAUUCAAAUGGUUUACCUGACUUUAUAAAUUUUAAAAGAAUAAAUUUAUCAACUGUUUCAUUAGAAAACAACAAUGAUGACUUAAUAGUAAAAAAAGUAAUAGAAAAAACAAAUAAUAGUUGGAUAUAUGUGCUUAUCAUCGUAUUUAUUGUUCUAUGUGUUAUUUCAUGUGGAAUAAUAUAUUAUAUUUGUUGGAGACGAAAACGUUUAUGUGGUUUACAUAGAAUGGGUUGGAAUCGUGAACCUAUAAUUUAUUAACUUAAAUUACAAUUACAAUGACGAUAGAACAAUGAGAAGACGGAAUUGAUCUGAAGAUUAGUGAUGUAUUUGAGUUAUACAUUUCUAACAAUCUGGUCGUACAUAUACUUGUCAGGGCAUUUCAUAUGAAAAUUACAUGAAAGUUCAAAAUCAAUAUGUGUCAAAUGAUCCGAUCAACGUGGGAGGUAGAAAACCAGGUUCAUUGGUAGCGAUACAUCUAAUUGAAACGGGGCACAAAAUUGACAUUGAUACAGCUUUUAAAACGUUGUGUAGAAAUUGGAAAGGAUGAAUUCUUAAGUUUAUUGAAGCCUUGGCUAUUCGUAAAUUUAAGCCUCCCUUAUGUGUACAAAAACAAUUUGUCGUAACCUUGAAUUUAUCUUGGUAAUCCUUAAGUUAUUCUAUGGCCUAGGAUAACGCGACAAUUUCUUAUGCUUUCUCUCCCCUAUGUUACUUUUUUUUGUACUUGAACUUUCGUGUAAUUGUCAUAUAAAAUGCCCUGAUAAGUAUAUGUAUGACCAGAUUGUUCGAAAUGUGUAACGGAAAUACAUUACAUUUUUCAGAUCGAUUCCGUCUUCUCAUUGUUCUAUCGAAAUUUAUAAAAAGGGACUAAUUGCUUUAAAUUACAAUUACAUUUUUCUAUAUAAUUUACUGUUUUCUAAUGAAUAAUCCAUUUGUUUGCUUGUUUUUUGGUGAGACUAUAAUUUGUUGAACGAAUCAAUCAGGUAUAAGAUAACAAAUCUCGGAUUUCAACACGAAAUUCACUCAUUCAUUUAGAUAAAUAGAGUUUUGACAUUAUUGUUGAUGUCAGUUCAUGAUGAAAAUCCUAAAUCUAAUUUCUGACUUUAAACUUUCCACUGUAAAUGAUAAUUUUGAUUUGUCAUACAGGUUUAUAACUUACAUAUUUGGUCCUGGUUAUUAAGUGAACACUUUCAAGGUUAGUCUGGCGUCGUUCAAAGGUCUUCCAUAAAUUAUAGUCUCAUUGUAUUUCUUUUUUAAAAAAAACGUUCCGUGUAUGUCAAGAAUUUGGAAUAAUUAAAUUCAAUAACUUAUAUACAGCUAUCAACUUAGGUGUUGUGGAGAUUGUCAAGUUUUUGAUUGAGAUGAUGAACCGAUUGAUGUUAGACCACCAUUGAAAACCUGGACCCACUGGACGGCCGUUUCGUCCUAUCGUGGGACUCCUCAGCAAUACGCAUUCACGAUCCCGCUCGCGGGAUUCGAACUCAUGGCCUUCAGUCACGCACGCGAACGCUUAACCUACUGGACCACUGAGCCGACAUCCUACGACUAAGUAGAAAGAUUUUUGUUUUGUUUAAAUUUUUAGAAUGGAGAUUAUAAUCAUUUUAAUAGUUGAAUUUAUGAGUUUAUCUAAGCUAGAAUAUUAUUGAGGAGUCUUAUACUAGGAUGAUUUAGCUUAAGUUUAUCAAGCAGAAUAAAUUCAAUUCACCUUUAUAGAUCCCAACUGCUAGUUAAUAUAUUACCGAUACAUACAGUUCGUUUAUUUGAUAAAUUUAAAUAAAGCGCGAACAAUAAAUUUACAAGGCAUAUUAUCAGCUACAAACAGCUUAAAUUUACAUUAGUAGUAUCAUUAUAGAAAUUUUUAUAUAUUACUAUCAAUAUAGUUUAGUUCAAAGGGAUAUAAGAAACAACAUAUUCAAGAUGAUCAUUAAGAUUGAUUCAUAAUUAUAUGUUGUGAAUGAGAAAAAGGGUGAAGUUAUAAAUGAUUAUAAAGAG